AGUUGUCAGCCUGUCAGUCACUAGUCAAAAGUAUUUUGUAGGUUCUAUUUUUCAAUUGUAGGUUAAAUUUUAGAUAGCUAAUUUUACUCCUUAAGUCUUGGGAGACAAAUACCAGUAUUUGAUACCAGAAUUCGAAGUGCGACUAAAGAAAGCUGUUGAAGAUGCAGGACCCUAAUGCAGAUACUGAAUGGAACGAUAUUCUCCGGGCCAAGGGUAUCAUUCCACCAAAGGAAAAAGAAAUUACUGAGGAUCAGAUUGUAUCUAUGUUAGAAGAAACAAUUGAAAAAAAAACAUCGACCGGAAAAGAUCUAUCCGAGUUGAAUUUGGAUGAGUUGGACGAAUUGGAAGAUUCCGAGGACGAGGCUGUACUGUUGGAAUAUAGAAACAAAAGGAUAGCUGAGUUGAAAGCUUUAGCAGAACGUAGAAAAUUUGGAAGUGUUGGAGAAAUAUCAGCUCAAGAUUAUGUCAAUGAGGUGAAUAAUGCUGGAGAAGGAAUAUGGGUGGUUUUACACUUAUAUAAACAGGGGAUUCCACUUUGUGCCUUAAUAAACGAAUACAUGAAAUAUUUGGCAGUUAAAUAUCCCACAGUGAAAUUUCUUAAAUCAAUUUCUACUACGUGCAUACCCAAUUAUCCCGACAAGAACUUACCAACAAUAUUCGUUUAUUUUGAGGGUGAAUUGAAAAAGCAAUUGGCUGGACCCUUAGAAUUCCGAGGACCAAAUUUAAAACAAGACGAAUUUGAAUACAUCAUUGGUAAAACUGGUGCAAUAAACACAGACAUUAAAGAGGAUCCGAGACCAAAAAUCAAGGAUAAAAUGUUCAGUGAUUUGGCUGAUACUAAUGAUUGGGAGUGAUAAUGGUUUAGAUUUGUGGAAAUAAUUUCCACGCAUGGCUCUGCUUGAAAAUAUUUAACAUAAAUCUCUCUGGAAAAUAUUUCCUAGAAACUGUUCAGAUUAUAGAUUUGAGUGAAUUGCAAGGUGAGGCUGAAUUUUAUCCACUUUCAAAGUAGAUUUUGAUAAGUGACUCAUUGAUGUUGUUGACAUUUAUAAAGUGCCGUUCAGAUGCAUCCAGUGUUUUAGUCAAGAAAUUUUAUACAUAACCAAUCUAAGUACCAGUAGCCAUUCCCUGACAUACUGCAUCAUGUGAACAUUUGGUUUUGACGUAACCAAACUCAAUAACUAUACUCAUUAUGGCUAUUUUUUUAAUUCAAUUUAUUUCUUUUCUUUUUUUUUGAGUGUGAGUAUAGGAUUCGUCAAAAACAUAUAAACAGGCUUUCUACUUCUCGACCUUUUUACAAAAAUAUGUGGAAAUUUUGGGAUUAAUUUUUCAACAUAUGAAAUUUCAUAUAAAAUUAUUUUCAUCGAUUUAAUAUAUGAAUGUGAUUGCUCCUAAUUUGGAUCUACUAUAAAAAUCAAAAUAUCGAGUACAAUGGUACUAGAAGUAGGUACAAAAUAUCAGUUAUUUCAUUAUCAACAGUAUCAACAAAUGAAAUGCUAUAAUAAUAAUAAAUAGCUACAAAUGAAUUAAAAAGUGAAAGCAUUUCUUAUUGUGUAGUGUACUGUAGUGUAGAUUUUCCUUUAGAAAAAUCAUGCUGUUUGUAACAAGAUAGUUAAAUAUUUUACGGUGAAGUGCUAAUGCUUCUCUGAUUCACUUCUUCUGUCACUCGUCUUCUCAUAAACUACUGGAUGUGUCUGAAUUAGUGAUAUAACAAACACAACUCUAUACCUCAAGAUUUGAAAUUGCUCUGGUGGCAAUACAUACUUGCCUAAUCACUGUUUUCAAUCCAAGCAUUUGUUUUAUAUUUUUUUUUAUAUUCAUUUCAUUGAAAUUUCUGGAAUUUAAUUAUCUUAUAACGUAUGUUUCAUUUGUAUUUCCUAACAAAUCACCUACAAGUUAUUAUUAGUUUAAUGAUUUAUUUUUAAUUAUUUA